AUGUGGAACUACACAAAAGUCGAGGAAUUCAUUCUUUUGGGGUUGACCAGAAGCCCAGAUAUGCAGAUUGUCUUAUUUAUAGUAUUUCUUAUCGGUUAUGUUACAUCACUUAUGGGUAAUGUCCUUAUUAUUUUUGUCAGCAGGAUUAGUCCCAGUCUCCAUACCCCAAUGUAUUUCUUCUUGAGUAACUUAUCGUUUAUGGACAUUUGGUUUACCUCCAGCAUAGUUCCCAAAAUGCUCAAAAACUUUUUAUCACUGAAGAAAAGUAUAUCAUUUGAGGCCUGUUUUACCCAACUGUUUAUGCAUAUGGGUUUAGGAGGCUCAGAGUGCUGCCUUCUCUUAGCAAUGGCUUAUGAUCGGUAUGUGGCUAUAUGCAGUCCGUUACACUAUAACACUAUUAUGCAUACAAGCUUAUGCAUUAAAAUGGCAAGUGGAUGUUGGAUCACGGGCCUUACAAACUCAUUAAUACAUACACUAUUUGCACUGCAGUUGCCAUUCUGUGGCCCAAAUGUCAUUAACCACUUUUUUUGUGAGAUACCAUACAUAAUAGAACUGUCCUGUACAGAUGCUUCUCUUAACAAGACCAUCAUAUUCUUGUGUGCUAUGUUUGUGGUUAUGGUCCCAUUUUUCCUCAUUCUCAUUACAUAUGGGUACAUUAUCUCCAGUAUACUUAAGAUCAGUACAUCAGUGGGCCGGAAGAAGGCUUUUUCCACUUGUGCUUCACACAUUAUUGUAGUCACUUUAUUCUAUGGUACAAUCAUUUUUAUGUACAUGAGACCAGGAGACACUCAUGUGGCCAACCAGGAUAAAAUGGCCACCUUGUUCUAUAGUGUUGUGACUCCAAUGCUUAAUCCUUUCAUCUACACCUUGAGAAACAAAGAUGUUAAAGGGGUGUUGAUAGAGAUUACAAGAAAAAAGCAUGUGCCAAAAUGA